UACUAGCUAUCUCCUAUGGCGCUCAACUUUCAUUUCAGAUUAGUUGUUCUUGCAGCCCUUUCCUUGUUGGGGUUGUUGGCAUUGGCAUCUCAAGCCACCGCCCGUACCCUCGAAGAAACUUCCUUGCUCUUGCGCCAUGAGAAGUGGAUGACUCGCCAUGGGCGUUCAUAUAAAGAUGAUGUCGAGAAAGCAAAACGGUUCCAAAUCUUCAAAGAAAACCUAAAGUUUAUCGAGUCUUUCAACAAGGCUGGUAACCUUUCUUACAAACUUGGCACCAACAAGUUUACGGAUCUAACUAUAGAGGAGUUCCGAGCCACCAUGCUUAAUGAAGACAAGUCAUCACCAGUCCCUAAGACUUCAAAACCUGCUUCCUUUACGAAUGAGAGUUUGGCUCAAAUUCCAUACUCUUUGGACUGGAGAGAGCAUGGUGCUGUGACUGGUAUCAAAGACCAAGGACACUGUGGUUGUUGCUGGGCAUUUGCUGCGGUGGCGGCUGUAGAAGGAAUAACCAAAAUAAAAACAGGCCAAUUAAUUUCCUUAUCCGAACAACAACUCGUCGACUGCGACCCUAACAGUAGCGGCUGCGGCGGCGGAAACAGAACGGAGGCCUUCCAAUUCAUAAAGGGCAGCGGCGGCCUCAUGGCGGAGUCCGACUACCCGUACGAGGGUGUCGAGGCAAGUUGCAACACGCAAACCCUUGGCAACCCAGCUGCCACCAUUGCAGGCUAUCAAAAGGUGGAAGCCAGCUAA